AUGGGGCUGGAGUUGGCUCAGCAACGAGAUCAUGAACUCAACGAUGUGAGGUGGAAUGCGCUGUCGCACGAUGUAAGUCAGCUCAAGACUCUGCUCGAAGAGGCAGUUUCUGCCCCAGUCCGCUGUAACUGCAAACAUCGAUCCGGUGGCAGCGGCAGCGUUUCUUCUGGCUCGUCAACACCAACACCCAUGCCAGACAUGUGCAACAUGCCGCGAACAGCCUCAGACAGACACAGCCUUGCGGUUCUGCCGCCAAUGCUGCCACCACCAGUAGCACCAUCACUGCCACUCCCGCAAACACUGCUGCAGACGCCAUCCUCACUGUCGCCAAUGAUGCCGGUCGUCCACACUGUCGAACAACAGGCCCAUCUCACCACACCCGGGCUGAGCUCACCGUCAAUUUCCACAUCACCGUCGGUGAUCACCAUCAACAUCAUGGCAUCUCCAAGCGCUGCGCCCAGUGUUGCUUCGAGCUUGCAUGAUUCACCGGUGGGAAGCUCAUCCUCCUCACAUCACGAGUUUCGCAUAUCUUCUGGUGCAUGUGCGCCUUCCCCCGUGAUGGCAGCUGCAAUGCAUCAGCCUGUGGGUUUGCCAAUGCCACAUCUUGCAGUUGCAGUGCACAGUGGCACAGUACCGAUGACAUCGACACCAUUAUCUUCCCUUGUGCCACAGAAUUCGUCGCUCACUCCUCAGGCUCUGAAGUGGGCUGUGCUCGCACAUAAGCAUGGUGAUGAACAGCUUCAACAGCAUGCACAGUGGGACUUCCACGGUGAGUGGUUGCCAUACUACGAGUACCAAUCGGUACGCCGGAUCACCGACAUAUGGAUGGAAUGGGCUGAGGGGAUCAGAAAUUAUCUGCCGGUGUGGUUGCUGUGUGAAGAGUGGGGUGCAAAUUGGCAUCGGAACGUGCCGAAAUUGAAGACAGAGGCAAAUCGGCGCAUAAAGGUCAUCCAGCUUGUGGAGGCUCUGCAGAAGAAGUGA